AUGAAAUUUGGAAACUAUAAUUUUACAACGGCAUCUGAAAGGCACAAUCAUUUCCAAAUCAAUACGCUCCGAAAUAUCAACUCGAAUAUUGGCCGUAAGAAAGCUUUGAAGCCAACAGACUCUCCCUUAUCUUACAGAGCUUCAUUGUUUGACGAUCACAAACAUUUACCCCAAAUGAAAAAAUGCCGUGAGCUUAGUGAAAAAUUGAGGAAAUAUCGAAACAGUGAUAACAUUUUAGAUUCAUGCGGAAACGAGAAAUAUCUUCCCUCUGAUUUCCAUCGUCCCAGUUCUUCCCUUUUUGACAAUAGAAAAUCCCCUAACGAACUCUGUGUAUUUGAUAAAGUGAAGUUCUCAAAAAUAAAUAACGCAAUCUCGGGAAAACGUCAACAUAGAAUGUUAAAAAAUGUUUAUUUUACUAUAAAAAUCAACAAAUGUUCAAAUGAAUCAAAUCUCUAUGAUUCGAUUGAUUUUGAUUCGAUGCGAAGCAAUAUCAAGCAAAAGUCAUUCAAAUUUUCAUCCUCACGACUUGACGACACUGAACCAAAAAUUGAAAUGGAUUUAUCGACACUUUUAAAGACAACAAAAUAUGAUGAAAAAGCAGAAAUGGAAAUACUCAAAAAUUAUUUCGAUUCAAUGUCCUAUUCCGAUAUUUGUAAAGAUUCGGAUUUUAAGAAUUAUUUGAAAAAGAAGAAUUAUCAAGAUGCGAUAGAUUAUAUUUACAGUGGCGCAAGUCUAAUGGGAUCAUCACUCCGAGGUGAUAAAUCAUCAAUUUAUGGUGAUGCUACUGAUGUCUUGAAGCGUUAUUACGAUCUCGAUCUGGAACUUGCGAAAGAGUCGAACGAUUGUGAUUCUUUAAAGCAGGAGAAGCAAGACGAAAUCUUAAAGCAUCCAAAAUCACUUGAUGCAAGGAAAUAUUACAAUCGAGAGAAUUCACAAUUUUUCUGCAAAUCAAAUAAAGAAUUUGACGAUUAUUACAAGAAAAACACAAACAUUUUCUACGAAGCAACGAAGACAGUCACGAAUGAUUUCUUCCAAAAAGAAUUUUCAGAUUUAUAUCAAACAUAUGGAAGUUUAUAUCGUACGAGGAUAAAAGAAGAUGUCGAAGAAUCAUUAAUCGAUGAAUUAUACGACCAUAAAACUCAACCUUUUUAUCAUGCAAGUACUUUGCCCGCAAAGAAAGCUUUGAAUGACUUUGACAAAAGAAAAGUUCUUCAAAAUUCUUCUAGACGUAAACAUGACAUUAACUGCUGCUAUAGAGAGUUCUCCAAAUAUCAAACAUAUCCCCUCAAAAAGAACUCCAUAACAAGUUACGAUAGAUUAAUUCGAAAUUGUCAGAGAUCCUUAGCUACCUACACGACAACUGACAUCAAAGUCGAAAAAUGGGAGAAACUUGCCCGAAAGGGGUUUUCCGAGAAGAAUUACAACAAAAUCAUAAAAAAAUUUGUUCAUCUCAAAGGGUUUACGACAGUUGAUUCAUAUGUUCAUUAUCAUUAUGGUCGAAUAUUGGAUAAAUCCUUUGAUAAAAUAUUAAAAACAAAGCUGAAAGAUUCAAUGAAUCAACACAAUGAACAACUUGUAAUAUCAAAGCCAACGUUAAGAACAACAACACAGUCUUCAAUCAAUGUAAACAAUAGAUUCGAUUCAAUGCCACCACCUUACUCAAGCGGAUCAUUUCAUAAAGACUCGGAAAGUUAUUUUUAUAAAAGAUAUCAAACUUCAUGUCACAUGAACAUAAAAUCAUCAGACAAUGAUAUCUUUAAGAAUUACGAAUAUAUCGAUGUCGAUUAUUUUAAAACAAUACCAUCAUCAUCAUCAGUUAAUGCUUACGAACCUUCUCAACGAAUUUUAUUUAAAUUUGUUGAAGAUAUGCAUGCAAAUGACAUUGACUUUGAUGAAAUUAUGAUGGGAAAUAAAAGUGCGAAAUCAAAAAUUGAUUUAAGCAUCAAACGUGAUUCCCAUAAAACUCAAAAUGAUUUUGGAGGAAAAUUAAAUGAAAUUAAUAAUCGAUGUGAUGAUAACAUUUACGAAAGUAUUCGAGAAGAUGCUUACGAACAGCGCACUUCAUUCAAACAUCAUAAUCGAAAAUAUAAUGAGAAAUGUCGAAUACACGAAAAUGGCUAUCGUGACAAGCUCAUGUCUGAAGAUAUGGCAUCGAUGGUGCCAGCAGGUUUACAAGGCAAUGCUGAUAUUCUCUUUGGUAAUCUUCACGAGCUCUACACAUUUCACAGUGAAACAUUUCUGAAAGACUUGGAAAAUUGCAUUUCAACGACGGAACUUGUCGCUUUAUGUUUCGUUCAAAGGCGUGAUGUUUUCUUCCGCUUGUAUUCGUACUAUUGUCAAAACAUUCCCCGCUCAGAGCGAUUGCGAGAGACACUUGUCGAUACUCAUUUAUUCUUGCAAGAAUGCCAGAAGAAGUUGGGUCACAAGCUUCCACUUGCGGCUUAUUUACUUAAACCUGUACAAAGAAUCACCAAGUACCAGCUGUUGCUGAAAGAUUUGCUGAAGUUUAGUGACACUGGAACAUGCACCAAGGAACUUCAGAAAGCACUCGACUGUAUGUUGGUCGUUCUCAAAUGUGUCAACGAUUCGAUGCAUCAAAUUGCUAUAACAGGAUUUCCGGCUGACCUAUCUCAGCAAGGCGAUUUGUUGCUUCAAGAUUCAUUUCAAGUAUGGACGGAAAGCAAGAAAGAUUUGAGAUUGAGAUUAAAACCACAACAGCGACAUGUUUUUCUUUAUCAAAAAGCGAUGCUAUUUUGUAAGCAAGACACGAAAACUGGACAUAACAAAUCAACUUAUCAGUUCAAACAUUGGCUUAAGAUGUCGCAAAUUGGAUUAACAGAAUCUGUUCGAGGCGAUCCGAGGCGUUUUGAGGUUUGGCUUCAAGGUCGUGCUGAAGUUCACACGUUUCAAGCGGCAACGGUUGAAAUUAAAGGAAAGUGGGUGACGGAAAUUAAAAAGGUUUUAAUGAAUCAGUUGGAGGAGUUGAAAGAUGAAAAAAUUAAGCAAUAUGGAAAUGCCAAUCACAGACCUUUGAAGCAAUCAAAUUCAGUUUCUUACGAUGUUCCCUUGACCACAUCUUCGCAACCUAGAGCGAUGAGUGUUGACAAUUCAAGUGACCUGAAAAGAAUUGAAACGACUUCAAAUGAUGAUGGGACGCAAACCUGGAAUUCAACUGGAAUAAGUGCGUCGUCUUCUGAACAUGACAACCAAGAAACCAACGCUUGGAGCUCAGAUUACUCAAAUAGUGAAGAUGAAUUCACGAUUUUGGAAGAAAAUGCUAUUCCGAACGAGGGUGAAAAUUCAAGAAACUCAGCUCAAAUAAUUGUUGAAACGCAUAACUUGAAUAUCAAAAAACAGAUCAAGAAAUUUGAAACGAUGGAAGCGACGUUCAAAAACCUUUCCCCAUGUUCGAUUGUUGUAACAAAGACAGAUGAUGAAAAUAUCAUUGAAGAUGAAGCUGAUAAUAGAAAUGACAAUCGUCACAGUGUUGUGUCAACUUCAUCUAUUGAAAGCUCACGUAGUGAUAACAAUUAUGAUGAUGAUAAUGUUAAUAAAGAUAAAGGAUCUUCAGUUUUUUAUGUUGUUUGGGAUUAA